CGUUUUGAUCCAUUUUGAUCUUCCUCCUAAUUUUUUCGAAAUCUCGUAAUCUCGAAGAAAUUAUGGUUUGACAACUAAUUACUUAAUGCUGAUUCCACACCAUGAAUAAAGAAAGUUCUGUCAACAAUAUAUCAGUGGAAGAGUUUUCUGAAAUUUGUCGUAUCUGUUUUAACAAGGAAGGAUUAGAACCUUUUGAACAACAUCCUUUAUUAAAUAUUUAUCAGAAAAUAACGGACCUCCAAGUUGAUACCCAUGAAGGGCUGCCCAUGAAAAUAUGUUACAAAUGCAGUAGAAAACUGAAUGAGGUUUCAAUGUUCAUCAAGAUCUCUAAAACCAGUGAUGAAUAUUUAAGACGUAUUCUUCAAGAGAGCAGAGUCCAAAGUGUGCCAGAACUACAAGUAAUAUCACACUCUGUAACAGAAAGGUCAGAUACUGAUGAAGAAUUGGAAUCAUCAAUAACAAAAACAAAUUCUAAAAUUCAAAAUUAUAAAUGUGAAAUCUGUAGUGAACAUUUUGAGACAAAAAGCAAAUUAUCUGCCCAUCACAAAACAAGUGAAAACUGUAAAUCAAAGCCCCUGAAAUGUAGUCACUGUAACAAAAUGUUUCUUGAUGAUAUCCAACUCAAUUCACAUGUACUUUCACAUACCAGUAAGGUUCUACAUGAAUGUAAGAUAUGUUUGAAAAAGUUUCAUCAUUCUAAGAAUCUCAAAAGGCAUGAUGAUAUUGUGCAUAAAGGAUUGAAACCAUACAGAUGUGAAAUUUGUGGCAAAGAUUUCUCCAGAUUGCUGACAAAAAAUGACCAUGUUUAUUCCCACAAAGCAGAAAAACCUUACAGCUGCAAACUUUGCUCUGAAACUUUCUCAUCAUAUACAAAACAGUUUUUUCACAUGUACUUACACAAAAUUGAGAGCAGUGAAAUAACAAAUACCUUAUUGGUAGUCAGUAAAACUGAAAGUGGUCAGCUAGAAGCCAAGUGCAAAGAAUGUAUGAAAAUAUUUUCAACUCCUAAGACUGCUUACCAGCACACCCACAAUCCCCAAGAGAAGAAAGCUGAAGAAGAACGGACGUUUCUAUGUACAAUUUGUGGUAAAACAUUCAAUCGCAAGGCACAUUUACAAUCACACUAUAGAUUACACAGCGGCGAAAAACCCUACGAGUGCACACUCUGCAACAAGAAAUUCCGUCACUUGGCCAGGUACAAGAGCCACAAUUUGCUGCACACCGGCCAAAGACCGUACUCGUGCGAAAUCUGCGACAAGAGUUUCGUGCAGCUGGACCACCUCAAGCAGCACACGAGCGUGCACUCGGGGCGGAAACCGCACGCAUGCGCCUUCUGCCGGAAAACGUUUGCGCACAAGUGCAAUUUGGUGGUGCACGAGCGGAUCCACACUGGAGAUAUGCCUUAUAAGUGUUCUUUGUGUGAUAAAGAGUUUUAUCAUUCUAGUACGAUGAAAAAACACGAGAAGAUACACGGGAAUGAUGGGAAAACUGUACGAGGUAAAUUGGUUAAAGGUAAAUGAGAAGAAUAGUUAUUGACAUAACAAGUGUGGAAUAAAAAAGCGUACAAGUAUAGGUCGCGUGCACGAAGACCGACCCUGGAGGCAAAAUAUUGAAACACAACCUCAUUCUUCUGUGAAUUAUUGAAACACA